AAAAUUAUAUAACCAAGGCCAAAACGGGCAAUGCGAGGGAAAUAUCUUCUAGGGUUUUGUCAGGAGAUCCUAUAUUUUGUUGAUACCAAAGAAUCUAAAGGUUCGGCGCGUGCUGCGUUUCAAACUGAAAAAAGUCUCCAAAACUUUCAAUCCAAAAUGCCUAAGCAAAUUCAUGAGAUCAAGGACUUCCUUCUCACUGCUAGAAGGAAAGAUGCUCGCUCGGUAAAGAUCAAAAAGAGCAAAGAUGUAGUGAAGUUCAAGGUCCGUUGCUCCAAGUACUUGUACACACUUUGUGUGUCUGAUGCUGAGAAAGCCGACAAGUUGAAGCAGUCCCUUCCUCCAGGUUUGAGUGUCCAAGAUCUGUGAAAAUAGUGCUUCUCCAAGUCUGUUAUUCAAUUACUAGGCCAAGAAAUGUAGAUUUUGAUUUAUGGUUUAUUGUAUUUCACGCCAUUUGGUGUUUGGAGGAUGUACUUUUUCAUGUUCAAUUAAACCUUGGCACUCUUUAAAUUAAUUGAUUGGGAGAUUGAACAAAA